CAAAGGGUGGGGGGUGGGGUGGGGGGAGGGCAAGUUAUUAUAUUGUUCAUCUAUGUCUUCACAACUAGAAUCCAACUACAUACAUGAAAACUUUGUUGAUAUCUUCGGUGCUGAGACUUUUGUCCCCAUUUCCCCACUAAGCCCAUCCCCAAUUUUGAACCAGUCUUCAUCUUCUCUUGCAGCAGAUAUAUCUUUCUCUUUCUAUCAACUUAGUAUUUUACCUUUAAAUGUUAUUAGUGUCAUGGCCACUGAGCUCGGGCUUCAACCCCUAACUCAGUUUCAAAAAUCAAACCAAAUUCAAACGCACUCACCAAGCAGUGAGUUGAUGUGGAACAAGAAGCAAAUGUCUGGAGACGACGAUGAUUCUUGGGAAGUCCGGGCGUUCAAGGAAGAUACAACGGACAAUGUAUUGGGAUGCACGUGGCCGCCACGGUCUUACAUGUGCACGUUCUGCCGGAGGGAGUUUCAGUCCGCCCAAGCCCUCGGCGGUCACAUGAACGUGCACCGCCGGGAUCGUGCUAGGCUACAAGAAGAGCCGCCACUUCCCCCCUCUCCAACCGUUUCAUCGUCCCACCUACUUAUCCCAACGGGCCAUGAAUUCCUUGCUAAUGGAUUCUGCCUUCUCUACCCCUUACCUAACCAUAACACCAUCCUAAUCCCAACUCGACCCUCCACAGAUUUUCCAUCUCCUCUCCUUCCCAUCUCACACUUAAAUGCUCCUCCGAUGCCAGCCAACAGCCUCGUUUCUUCACUAUGUCACUCCAGCAACACGGAACCCUCAGCAUCUAAUUAUAGCAACGACAACAACCGCGACAACGAUGAAAACGACAAAGAUCCAGCCAUCGAAGAGCUCGAUCUAGAACUUCGUCUGGGACGACGACCGCCUCCAAGGCCAUGAACAGAAUAAAAAUGUGGGCUGAUUGUCAUAUGGCCAAACUUCAAAGGGUACGCAGAGAUAAUUAUCCCCAUUUUGUUUAAAAUUGUUGGUGUGGUUAUUAAUUAUAAUAUAUAAUUAUUAUGAUAAGUAAAUUUAGUUUGAAAUGGAUAUUGUUAUUAUCAUUACAAAAGAAUU